AGUGAAACACAAUGCAUCUUCAAGUGUCACACAGAUCAGUAAACAGUUGAUACUAAAUCUAAUUGAAUACCCUCGAUAAGAGUUCCUCUGGUUCAUUCCUCGCCCGUCUCCUUGUUUUCACACCAGAACUUUCAAAAAUGUAAUACCCACCAAAGAUCAGAUAAAUAUUUGCCGCCGUGUUGUAUUGUGACUGCGUUAUCGGUAAGUGAACUCGCGACCAAUACGAAGAAAAAUGGCUUUGGAAAAAUCCAAAAGCAUCGAAGCCGGUCUUCAGACCAUCCUAACCGAAGAGGACCCUCCGGAUUCCAAGCCAAAAAACAUCUCCUUGUGCAAGAAAAUCAAACUCAUCUUCACCAACAUCACCGUCGAACCAGUCCUAAUAUGUUACGUCCUUCCAAGUGUGAUGGCAAGCAUCGCCACACAAAACCUCAGUCUCGAAAAGGCAUGUCGUGUAAACUUGCAAAUGGACGAAGACAUUUGCGACGCUUUAAGCAUCCGAAACCGAUCUGGUUAUAACGAAAGCGACGAAAUCGUAACCCAAACACUGAUCACUUCAAUGAAUACUUGGAAAAGCAUGAUCCAGAGCUUAGUCCCAUCGCUCUUACUCCUGUUUUUGGGGUCGUGGAGCGACCGCCACCAACGACGCAAACCUUGCAUCAUCCUCCCGAUUUUGGGUGAAAUUUGCACAUGUACUGGCUUUCUCCUGUCGACGUAUUUCUUUUACCAAUUGCCGAUGGAAUUCAAUGCUUUCUUCGAAGCCGUUCCGCCUGCUUUAACCGGGGGCUGGUUCGCGAUGUUCAUGGCGGUGUUCAGUUAUGUUAGCAGAAUUUCUUCUGUGGAAACUAGGACUCUACGAAUCGGUGCUGUUAAUCUUUUCUCCAACGUCAGUGUGACUGUUGGGAUAGCCCUCAGUGGUAUUCUCUACAACGAGAUCGGGUUCUACGGAGUGUUCUCUCUAGCCAUAGCCAUGUAUACGACAGCGUUGAUUUACGCCAUCGUCUAUGUCAAAGAUAUGCCGAAGAACGAGGAGGUGAUUGUGGAUAAAAACGUGAAGAAAGUGAACCCAGUUUUGGACUUCUUCAAUUUGAAACAUAUCAAGGAAACCCUGAACGUGGCUUUUAAAGACGGCCCACGUAACCGGAAGCGCCGCAUUUGCACCAUCAUGAUCCUUGUUAUGGUCAUAAUCGGACCCAUGCAUGGCGAAAUGCAAGUCAUGUAUCUGUUUGUCCGACAUAGGUUCAAAUGGAACGAAAUUGACUACAGCUUGUACUCAACCUUCCAAUUUGUCAUCCACGUCUGUGGAACUGUUUUCUCUUUAAUGUUCUUCAGCAAAUUCCUCAAAGUCGAUGAUGCCGUCCUUGGAAUGAUUUCAAGCACGAGUAAAAUCGCCGCUUCCCUCGUAUACGCUUUCGCACCCACAAGUACAAUUUUUUAUCUUGGAGCGAUAAUCGAGGCUUUAAACGGUACUUCUUUCAUCGCCAUGAGAUCAAUUAUAUCAAAGUUAGUACCUCCGGAAGAAUUGGGCAAAAUUAACUCUUUGUUUGGAGUUUCUGAAGCUUUAAUGCCCCUUGUUUAUGGGCCCAUGUAUAAUAUAGUCUAUGAAACCACAAUUAAGGUCCUACCAGGCUCCUUCUUUCUACUUGGAGGGGCUUUAACUGCGCCUGCGAUCGUAAUAUUCUAUUGGUUAUACCGAGAGCAUCAGAAAGAUCAACAAGAGGAGGCGAAGGAGAAGCCACAAAAAGCCAGUUUGUUACCUAAAUGAUAAGAAUCCACUGGUGAUGUGGAUUUCGCGGGCACCUUCCACAGGAUAUGGGACAACCACUUGGCUGAACUGGUCGAAUGUGGAAAAUGUGGCCGCAAAUUUUUCCCUGAUCGGAUAGAAACUCACCGAAACGCCUGUGCCGGGCUCCGCAUUCAAGUUAAAGGCAGAAAACGGGAAACAUAACUGUAUAAAGAAAUAAAACCGUUUUUUUAUCAA